UGCCAAGAUUUAAUCAUUCUCCUCCGCAGGGCGCCUCCUCGAGCCUGGUGGUGAAGUUUGCAGACACGGAGAAGGAAAGGCAGCUUCGACGCAUGCAACAGAUGGCUGGAAAUAUGGGUCUCCUCAACCCUUUCGUCUUCAACCAGUUUGGGGCUUAUGGGGCCUAUGCUCAAGUUAAUGUCACAGAGCAGCAGUUCAUGCAACAGCAGGCAGCACUGAUGGCAGCAGCUACACAGGGCACAUACAUCAACCCCAUGGCUGCCCUUGCCACCCAGAUGCCCCAUGCUGGAGCUCCCUUGGCUAAUGGCAUCACCAGCCCAGUUGUCCCGCCCACUUCCGCGUCUGUGCCAUUGGUGUGGGACAUUCAGAGUCCAAAAGUUGGUGCCAGUCAAGCUCAGCCCGUAAACGGCGCAUUGCCCUCCAUGCCUUCCCCUACGAUGCAGAAUUUCAAUAUAGCUCCUCAGCCAGGGCCCAAUAGCCAGCCAGGCGGGAGCGAGGCUGUCUUUGCCAAUGGCCUCCCUCAAACCUUUGCUGCACCCCAACCUAUUCCCAAUGGUGAAGCAGCCACUCUGCAGCCUUCCGCAGCAUACCCGGGCAUGCCUUACUCUGGUGUUGCCGUGUAUCCUGCGCCCGUGUAUGGCCAGUACGCCCAGGCGCCCUCUCCACAACUGGCACCCAUGCCCCACAACAAGGUCGAAGGUUGCUCCAUCUCGGGACCAGAGGGAUGCAAUCUCUUCAUCUACCACCUGCCACAGGAGUUCGGUGAUGCUGAGCUGAUGCAGAUGUUCAUUCCCUUUGGAAAUGUUAUCUCCUCCAAGGUGUUCAUUGACAGAGCCACCAACCAAAGCAAGUGUUUCGGUUUCGUAAGCUUUGACAACCCUGCCUCAGCUCAGGCUGCAAUCCAGGCGAUGAAUGGCUUCCAGAUUGGCAUGAAGCGUCUAAAGGUUCAGCUCAAGCGACCCAAGGAUGCCAAUAGACCCUACUAACGGCCGCACUCAGUAGGGGAGACCAGGGGUAUCCAACGGUGAAUUGGUUCUUGAAGAAGAUGGCUCCGUGUUUAUCAUAGCUUGAAUAUGACAUUUAUAUCAAGUAUUAGGAAUCCAAAGCUUAGGCGAUAAGAAGAAAAAAAAAAAAAAGAAAAAAAAAAGCGAAGAAAAAUACUAGAAAAAAUUUAACUUCCUCUGCAAGAUGAACAUUAUUCCCAUAUUUCUAUACAACAAGUGCUACAUAUACGAGUCCAGAGAGCUUGAGUUGCUACACUAGCGUCAGAAGGCCUCAUUGGUGGCAAAAGUGAGACAGUCCCUGAAGAACAGGCUGUCAUAAUAUUUAAUGCUUAAAGUGGUAUAGUAAGUCCACUGUUGAGGCCUGGGCUGCUGUGUACACAAACUGUAUAUACGUUGUACCUAGCUGUGGCACGGUACCAAAAAGGACUGGGGCUAUAUGUCCCUCUCCACUCACAUGUUGAUAGCCAUGUUAUUACUGAGAGUAUGGAAACAAUAUUUUUAAUAUUAAUAAGCCUUCUGUUAAAGUUAUAUUACGUAUCAUAAUAUUUCAACUAUAUCAUAUUGUUAAGAAUAGUAGUAUACUUAAGACACGCUCUAUCAGCUGUACGCCAUUUUGUGCGAGUUGGCCGGGUGAUUUGGAUCUCCCAGCACAGGAUGUGUCCUAACCCGCCCCGCUGACGGGUUGCUCCUUCAGGGUACUAAGUGUUGCGUGUCUCGUGUCUGUUGCCUCACGCCCUGCGCUGUGCCCGGGCACCCACGCAGCCACCACUCCCUGGCUGUCGUCUGUCAUGGCUCGGUAUUCGCCCAUGUUUUUACCUGGUAGUCUGUGGGCGUGCUGUCCACAAGUGCUUAGCUCGAAACUGGGCCUCCAUAGCAGUGACGCCGUGUGCACUGGUGCUCCUCACGCCAUCUUGUGUGUGCCGUGUGGCCGGGCGGGGUUCCAGGACCCCACCAGACCAGGGCGUUGAGGUCUCUUCCAGCUCCACAGUUGGACAACCAAAGUGAUGGCCUCAAAGGGUUCAGAGGCCCCUAGUCUAGUGUCAAACUAGAGGAUUAGCUUCUCUAUACCUGUAGAUGCCUAUAGAUAAAUAGUUUAAAGCGCUAGAUAGCUUUCAAGUAUAGAGGAAGUCUCAUAAAGACACAUUGUAUAUAAGCUGAAGGUAAAAUUUAUAGGACUAUUGACCCUGCAUUUGAUCAUGUGUACAGUGGAUAGCAUAUUCACUAGACUAAGGGUACUAACGCUUAUCUCCAGUCAAUUUUAUAUCAUGAUAUAUUUUUAAAUCAUUUGUAUCCAAUGGUUUAAUAAGAUUUGUGCAUUUCUUUGUGGCUUAGAUUUUUAGACAUCUGUAUGUUUGUCAGAUCAAAGUGGCAUUAUUUUCUAGUCAAGGUGUACUUGUUAUUUUUUUAAAAGAUUACAGUUUGCAGCGAUCUUUCAUCUAUGAUCUCAGACAUUCCAUCUAGUCAUUAUUAUUGUUUUACCUGCAGUCUUGGGUAUUGAUUACUUCUCUUCUCUUAUAAUACUAUAUGUCAUACAUACACAUAACUUUUGAACCAUUGACAGAAAUGUGCCAAGAGAGUUCAAGAUGAUUUCUCCAUUACCUGGUCUAUUUUAUUCAUUUCAUAUAUUUACAUGUUAUACACCCUCGUGGUUUAGGAGUAAGAAUUACUAAUUUCUGAAAAAAAAAAUGAAGCUGUU